CUUUUCUUCUUGUUCUUUGGCCCAUCAUCAGCCAGACAGCCACCUUUGACUAUUGCCUUCCUCCGAUCACAAAAUCUGGACCUACGCUUUUGUCAUCUCUUGUCCUCUUUCACCACAUGUUCUAAUAAUUAUCAUCUAGGAGCGCGCACACAGAGAUAAACGAGAGAGAGAAAAAGAGAGAGUGCGAGAGAUAGAGUUAAUUCCGCAAUAUCAUGGAACUGGAAGCUCAAGGUAACACUGCCGUGAAGAAAGUCCUUCUCAUACUGAACUGCAUCCUAUUAUCUAUCGGCAACUGCGGCGGCCCACUAAUCAUGAGGCUUUACUUCAUCCACGGCGGCAAGCGAGUGUGGCUCUCCAGCUGGCUAGAAACCGGCGGCUGGCCCAUCGUUCUCCUGCCCCUCACCGUCACAUACUUUCACCGCCGUAGCACCCAAGGCCCACGAGCCAAACUCUUCUUCAUGAAGCCACCUUUGUUCAUCGCCUCCGCAGGCAUAGGAAUCCUCACCGGCUUGGAUGACUACCUCUAUGCCUACGGCGUGGCACGCCUUCCCAUUUCAACCACUUCUUUGAUCGUUGCCUCUCACCUUGCUUUCACGGCGGGGUUUGCUUUCCUUUUGGUGAGGCAAAAGUUCACCUCGUAUAAGAUCAACGCGUUGGUUUUGCUGACCAUUGGAGCUGGUGUUCUGGCUUUACACACGAGUAACGACCGUCCGGAGGGUGAAUCAAAUAAGCAGUAUUUUGUUGGGUUUCUCACGACGCUUGGAGCCGCCGCGCUAUAUGGGUUUCUGUUGCCGUUGAUUGAGUUGACGUACAAGAAGGCCAAGCAGGAAAUUACGUAUUCGCUGGUGAUGGAGGUUCAGAUAGUAAUGUCUUUGUUUGCGACUCUUUUCUGCACAGUAGGGAUGCUCAUUAACAAGGACUUCAAGGCAAUUCCAAGAGAGGCCAGGGAAUUCGGGCUCGGGGAAACAAAGUACUAUGUGGUGCUAGUAUGGAGUGCUAUUUUUUGGCAGGCUUUCUUCUUGGGAGCGAUCGGAAUCAUCUUCUGUGCCUCGUCUUUGCUAUCUGCUGUUGUAAUCGCGGUUCUCCUCCCAGUGACGGAGGUCCUAGCUGUUAUUUUCUACUACGAAAAGUUUCAGGCAGAAAAAGGAGUUGCUCUGGCGCUUUCUCUUUGGGGCUUUACUUCUUACUUUUAUGGAGAGAUAAAACAUAGCAAGAAUAAGAAGCCCACCCCAGUGACAGAAAUGCCUCCAAUUCCCAAUCCAUGACAAAACGGAAGUUGUUUUUCUUGAAUCUACCAAGUGGGGCAUAUUUGAAUCUGAUAACUUCAUUUGCUAUCUAUUUUGAAAAGAAAUCAGGGUGCUCGAUUAUAAUCUCAUAAGAAACCUAAUUUAGUUGUUUU